AGUUCACUGGUGGAGAAGGGAGGGAGAGGAGGUGGGCCCUGUGGGUGGGGCUGAUUUGGGGAGGGGGCUGCGGGAGGAGGUGGUGGAGGGGCUGGCUACCAUUGGUGCAUCUCAGACAAAGGCGGAGGGAGGGGGUGCGUGUGGAUGGGAAGGGAACAAAGAGGCAGGGGCUGGGGGCGGGCCUGCUCCAGCAGGAGGGCCAUGUCCAGGGAGGAGGCACAGCCAGCUGGACAGAGGGAGGAGGCCGGGCUGGAGUGAGCAAGGACAGCCAAAGACACAAAGAAGUGGGCGCAGAUGGCAGUGAGGAGGCCAUGGGGCAGGGGUCAGUGGGGGCUGGUGGGGGCUAGCCCAGGGCUGCCAGAGGGUUGUCAGUGCUCAGGUAGCUCCUGUGGGCCCAGCCUCUGAUGGAGGGGGAGGGUAGGGGACUGCAGGGCAUCCCGGAUCCCGGCCUCCGAGGUGGCCAUGGUGGGCUUGGGUCCACCUGUCCAGCCAUCCGGCCAUCCCCACCAACCUCUCCCUGGCUCUCUCAGGUGGCGGUAUCAGCUUUCACGGUGUUGUUAUUGUCUGUCCACUCUGCCUUUCCACCUGUCAGCUCGUGGGUGGGCAUGCUUCUCCAGGGGAGGGCCUCAGCUGUCAUUCUGUUGUCCGUCUGGCUGUCGGCACGUGUGUCUGGGAGACUGGCUCUGAGGGGCCGAUCCAUCGGCCGUGGGCUGUUUGGGUCUGUCUGGGGCUCUGCCCCUGCCUCCCUGUCCCCUUGUCUCUGUCUGUCUGUCACUCCAUCUGCCAUGCCGUCUGUGCCUGGAUUCCCCAAGGCAGCCAUGCCAGUUGCUCCUGCCAGACCCACCACGGGAUUGGCAGGAAGGCUGGGACUUAGGGCGGGGGCUGUCUCGCGGUGCCGGCCAUCCCCUCCCCAGGCUCUCAGUGACCUCUGACACUUGGCCCCAGGCGCUGCAGGAGCUGAAGAUGGCGAGCUCGGUGGCAUCGUACGAGCAGCUGGUGCGGCAGGUGGAGGCCUUGAAGGCCGAGAACAGCCACCUGAGGCAGGAGCUGCGGGACAACUCGAGCCACCUGUCCAAGCUGGAGACGGAGACAUCGGGCAUGAAGGAGGUGCUGCAGCAUCUGCAGGGCAAGCUGGAACAGGAGGCCCGCGUGCUGGUAUCCUCGGGGCAGACGGAGGUGCUGGAGCAGCUGAAAGCCCUGCAAAUGGACAUCUCCAGCCUGUACAACCUCAAGUUCCAGCCGCCGGCCCUGGGCCCUGAGCUCCUGACACGGAGCCCAGAGGGAAGUCCCCUCCAUGGCUCUGGGCCCUCCAAGGAUGGCGUCGGGGAGCCUAGCCGGGCCACCAUCCGCCUGCUGGAGGAGCUAGACCGGGAACGGUGCUUUCUGCUGAAUGAGAUCGAGAAAGAGGAGAAGGAGAAACUGUGGUAUUUCUCCCAGCUGCAGGGCCUGGCCAAGCGCCUGGACGAGCUGCCGCACGUGGAGACCCAGUUCUCAAUGCAGAUGGACUUGAUCCGGCAGCAGCUGGAGUUCGAGGCACAGCACAUCCGCUCGCUGAUGGAGGAGCGUUUCGGCACCUCGGACGAGAUGGUGCAGCGCGCGCAGAUCCGCGUCUCUCGCCUGGAGCAGAUUGACAAGGAGCUGCUGGAGGCCCAGGACCGGGUGCAGCAGACCGAGCCCCAGGCCCUGCUGGCGGUGAAGUCGGUGCCCGUGGACGAGGACCCUGAGACGGAGGUCCCCACGCACCCCGACGAUGGUGCCCCUCAGCCGGGCAACAGCAAGGUGGAGGUGGUGUUCUGGCUGCUGUCCAUGCUGGCGACACGUGACCAGGAGGACACGGCGCGGACGCUGCUUGCCAUGUCGGGCUCGCCCGAGAGCUGCGUGGCCAUGCGCCGCUCGGGCUGCCUGCCGCUGCUGCUGCAGAUCCUGCAUGGCGCUGAGGCUGGGCCGGGGACCGGGGGCGGCGCGGGGACCCUCGGGGCGCCCGGUGCCAAGGACGCGCGCAUGCGCGCCAACGCGGCGCUGCACAACAUCGUCUUCUCGCAGCCGGACCAGGGCCUGGCGCGCAAGGAGAUGCGUGUGCUGCACGUGCUGGAGCAGGUCCGGGCUUACUGCGAGACCUGCUGGGACUGGCUGCGCGCGCGCGAUGGCGGCUCGGACGCAGGCGGCGCAGGUGGCGCCCCUGUCCCCAUUGAGCCACAGAUCUGUCAGGCCACCUGUGCCAUCAUGAAGCUGUCCUUUGAUGAGGAGUACCGACGGGCCAUGAACGAGCUGGGUGGGCUGCAGGCUGUGGCCGAGCUUUUGCAGGUGGACUUUGAGAUGCACAAGAUGACCCGUGACCCCCUUAACCUCGCCCUGCGGCGCUACGCCGGCAUGACUCUCACCAACCUCACCUUCGGGGAUGUCGCCAACAAGGCCACCCUGUGCGCACGCAGGGGCUGCAUGGAGGCCAUUGUGGCUCAGCUGGGCUCGGACAGCGAGGAGCUCCACCAGGUGGUGUCCAGCAUCCUGAGGAACCUGUCCUGGCGUGCGGACAUCAACAGUAAGAAGGUGCUGAGAGAGGUUGGCAGCAUGACCGCCCUGAUGCAGUGUGUCCUUCGGGCCACCAAGGAGUCCACCCUGAAGAGCGUGCUCAGCGCCCUGUGGAACCUGUCGGCGCACAGCACAGAGAACAAGGCGGCCAUCUGCCAGGUGGACGGUGCGCUGGGCUUCCUGGUGAGCACGCUGACCUACAGGUGCCAGAGCAACUCGCUGGCCAUCAUUGAGAGUGGCGGCGGCAUCCUGCGCAACGUGUCCAGCCUCAUCGCCACCCGCGAGGACUACAGGCAGGUGCUUCGCGACCACAACUGCCUGCAGACGCUGCUCCAGCACCUGACAUCACACAGUCUGACCAUCGUCAGCAAUGCCUGCGGCACACUCUGGAACUUGUCAGCCCGCAGCCCCCGCGACCAGGAGCUGCUCUGGGACCUGGGCGCUGUGGGCAUGCUUCGCAACCUGGUUCACUCCAAGCACAAGAUGAUUGCCAUGGGCAGCGCAGCCGCCCUGCGCAACUUGCUGGCCCAUCGGCCCACCAAGUACCAGGCGGCAGCCACGGCGGUGUCGCCAGGCGCCUGUGUGCCCAGCCUGUAUGUGCGCAAACAAAGGGCGCUGGAGGCUGAGCUGGAAGCCCGGCACCUGGCACAGGCGCUGGACCACUUGGACAAGGAGGGGCUGCCUGAGCCCGCGCCUGCCGCCAAGAAGCCACUGGCACCCCUGCGGCACCUGGACGGGCUGGCGCAGGACUAUGCCUCGGAUUCGGGCUGCUUCGACGACGACGACGCCCCCUCCCUGGCUGCCGGGGCCAGCGCCACCACUGAGGCCCCCAGCCCGGCCGUGCUGUCCCUCUUCCUGGGCAGCCCCUUUCUGCAGGGCCAGGCCCUGGCCCGUACCUCGCCCCCCCGGCGCGGCCCAGAGCCUGACAAGGAGGUGGGCAGCGGGGAGGUGGCCGUAGCGGCCAAGGCCAGACUGGCGCUGGCUGUGGCUCGCAUUGACCGGCUGGUGGAAGACAUUUCGGCUCUGCACACCUCAUCCGACGACAGCUUCAGCCUCAGCUCAGCAGGGGACCCUGGGCAGGAGGCCCCGUUGCCACCUCGCGAGGGCCGCGCCCAAUCCUGCUCGCCUGGCCGGGGGCCCGAGGGGGCUCGGCGGGAGGCGGGCAGCCGGGCCCACCCGCUGCUGCGGCUCAAGGCGGCGCAUGCCAGCCUGUCCAAUGACAGUCUCAACAGCGGCAGCACCAGCGAUGGCUACUGCCCUCGUGAGCACAUGCGGCCCUGCCCACUGGCCGCGCUGGCCGAGCACCGCGAGGACCCCCCAUGUGGGCCUGCACGGCCUGGCCGGCUGGACCUGGACCCUCUGGUCAGCCGGGUAGAGCCCCCAGCCCGAGAGUCUGCUGACGCCCGCGUGCGCACCAUUAAGCUGUCACCCACCUACCAACACGUGCCGCUGCUUGAGGGCAUGGCCAAGGCGGGGGCCGUGCCAGCUGCACGCACACAGGCCUGGCUGCCAGCCGAGGGCCCUGCGUCUGAGACGCCACCCACACUCACUGCAGGGGAUGGGGCGCCGCUCUGCCUGUCCCGCUGCAGUUCCCUGUCCUCGCUGUCCUCGGCCGGGCGCCCAGGCCCCAGUGAGGGUGGUGACCUAGAAGACAGCGACUCAUCCCUGGAAGCACUCGAGGAGGCUGGCCCUGGUGAGGCGGCAGCAGGCAUCACGUGGCGGGUGCCAGAGGCCUCGCUGCCUGUGGCCAUCCCAGCGCCCCGGCGGGGCCGUGGCCGAGGCCUGGGCACGGAGGACGCCACACCGUCAAGCUCCUCAGAGAACUACGUGCAGGAGACGCCACUGGUGCUGAGCCGGUGCAGUUCAGUCAGCUCGCUGGGCAGCUUCGGGAGCCCCUCCAUCGCCAGCUCGGUGCCCAGCGAGCCCUGCAGCGGGUUGGGCAGCGGCACAGUCAGCCCCAGCGAGCUGCCCGACAGCCCCGGGCAGACCAUGCCCCCCAGCCGCAGCAAGACGCCCCCAGCCGCGGGGCCUGGCCCGGGUGAGCGCAGUGGGGGCACCAGCCAGUUCUGCCUGCAGUGGGAGAGCUAUGUGAAGCGCUUUCUGGACAUCGCCGACUGCCGCGAGCGCUGCCGCCUGCCGUCGGAGCUGGAUGCCGGCAGCGUGCGCUUCACGGUGGAGAAGCCAGGCGAGGACUUCUCGUGCGCCUCCAGCCUGAGCGCGCUGCCCCCGUAUGAGCACUACGUGCAGCAGGACGUGGAGCUGCGCCUGCUGCCACCUGCCCGGCCUGAGCGCGGGGGCUUUGCGGGGCACCGCCGGCCGGACGAGACGGGAGCACGGCUGGAGGGCCCAGCGCCCACAGCCCCCCGUGCCUGCACGCCCUCCACUGCCACCACCACCGCUGACACAGAGCUGGAUCUGCUGCGGGCCUGCCUCGGCACUGCUGUGCCUGCCCGGGUGCGAAAGGUGGCCUCGGCACUGGUGUCUGGCCGCCACAGGGCGCUGCCGGUGCCCGUGUACAUGCUGGUGCCUGCCCCGGCCCGAGAGGACGACUCCGGCAGUGACUCGCCCGAGGGCACACCUGUCAACUUCUCCAGCACAGCCUCACUUAGCGACGAGACGCUUCAGGGGCCCCCCCGGGAUCGGCCCGGAGGGCGGCAGGACAGGCAGACACCGGCUGGCCGUUCCACCUCCUCCAGGCAGACUUCUGGGCAGCAGUACAGGGCAGGGGGCGUCAGCCAGAAUAUGGAGCAAGCCCGUGGAAAGAGCAGGAGCCGGGCAGGCCUGGAGCUGCCCCUUGGCCGUCCCCCCAGUGCCCGCUCAGACCAAGAUGGGCCUUGCCCAGGCCGGGCACGUGGAGAUGGUGGGCUGCAGUCACUGUGCCUCACCACGCCCACCGAGGAGGCUGUGUACUGCUUCUACAAUGACUCUGAUGAUGAGAAGCCAGCCACAGCAGCCAAACCUCCGCGGCGGGCCUCUGCCAUCCCCCGGGCCCUGAAGACAGAGCGCCAGGUAGGCAGGAAGGCUGUACCCAAGGCCGUGCCCAAAGCUCCACCUAAAGCUGCGCCACCUGCCCUGCCACCCCCCCGGGCACACCCCAGCCUCAUUGUGGAUGAGACCCCACCCUGCUACUCGCUGAGCUCCUCCGUCAGCUCCCUGAGCGAGCCAGAGCCGGAGCAGACAGCUGGCCAGCCCCACGGCCAGGGCUCAGCAGUCGGCAAGAACUCAGAUGUGGCCAGUGGGCAUGGUGGCGGGUCACCCAGCCCGCGGGCCGAGGAGGAGAUGCUGCGGAGCUGCAUCAGCUCGGCCAUGCCCAGACGCCGGACCCCAGCGUCUGGGUCCCAGCGGCAGAAGCCCCGACCAGCCCAGCCAUGCGCUGAGGCGGCCCGGGAGCGUGGGGAGGAGGCUGCGGGCUCGGACCGCGGUGCUUCGGACCUGGACAGCGUCGAGUGGCGGGCCAUCCAGGAGGGCGCCAACUCCAUCGUCACCUGGUUGCACCAGGCGGCAGCCGCGGCGGCCACCCAGGAGGCCAAGUCCGACUCGGUUCCGUCCUACACAUCAGCGCCCAACACAGACAGGAAGCGGCGGCGACCUCGGGCGGAGGGCCAGGCGGUCAGCGCAGGACGGCAGGAGAGACGGGCCGUGUUUGAUCGCAGUGGCCCCGAGCAGCCGCGCGGCGCUCAGAAGGCGGUGUCCGGCGUACCAGCCGUGCUGAGGGGACGGACGGUCAUCUACAUGCCAACCCCAACACCCCGGGGACAGCUUAGAGGCGCGCCCGGACCCCGUGUCGCCCCGCGGAAGACAGAGCCCCCAAGCCCCGCGCAGCCAGCCGCCCGAACCCUAACUCCUGGCUCCGGGCAACAGCGUUCCCGCAGCCUGCACCGGCCCGGCAAGAUCUCGGAGCUGGCGCUGCGCAGCCCCCUGCAGAGGAGCGCCACGCCGCCCGCGCGCCUGGCCAAGACCCCCUCACCCGGCUCAUCGCAGAGCUCCUCCGCCGCCCCGCCGCCGCCCAGGAAGGGCCCCCAGAGCGCCCCGCCGGGGCCCCUGCCCGGGCCCGGGGCCUCCUUGCCGGGGCCUAAGACGCCGACGCGCGCGCUGCUGGCCAAGGCUCACAAGACACAGAAAUCGCCCGUGCGCAUCCCGUUCAUGCAGAAGCCGGCGCGCCGCGCGCCCCCGCCACUCGCCAGGACCGUGCGGGAGCUGGGUCCCCGUGGGCGGGCGGGCACCGAGGGUGGCGCGGGCACGCACGGGGGUCGCCUGGGCUUGGUGCGCGUGGCCUCGGCGCGCUCCAGCGGCAGCGAGUCCUCGGAGCGCUCGGGCUUCCGGCGGCAGCUGACCUUCAUCAAGGAGUCACCUGGCCUGGCGCGCCGCCGCCGCGCGGAGCUGGCCCCGACCGAGGCCCCGGGAACCCCGCAGGCCAGCUCGCCCCGCCGCGGCCGCCCUGCGCUGCCCGCCGUCUUCCUCUGCUCCUCGCGCUGCGACGAACUCCGCGUGGCCCCCCGGAAGGCCCCGGCCCCGGCGCGCACCCCUGCCAGCCGCCCUGGGCCCGGCCCCACCGCGCGGCCGCCCCGGCGCACCAGCUCCGAGAGCCCGAGCCGCCUGCCGGUGCGCACUCCGGCCCCACGGCCCGAGGCAGUCCGGCGCUACGCGUCGCUGCCGCACAUCAGCGUGGCCCGCGGGCCCGUUGCGCCCGGCCCCUCGACCCCGGCCGACACCGUCCGCCGCGGCAGCGACAGCGAGGCCCGGGCCCUGCCCAGGGUGGCCGCGCCGGGCAGCACGUGGCGGCGCAUCCGCGACGAGGACGUGCCACACAUUCUGCGCAGCACGCUGCCGGCCUCUGCCCUGCCACUGGGGGGCGCUGCCGCGCCUGAGGGGAUCCCGGGGAGUCCCCCACCGCCGCGCAAGACCAGUGACGCCGUGGUUCAGACCGAGGACUUCGCGACCACCAAGACCAACUCCAGCACCUCCCCAAGCCUGGAGAGCCGAGAGCCCCCCCAGAGCCCGGCCAGCGGCCCAGGACCCCUUGGCAGCGACGUGGACAGACCCAGUCCGUCCAAGGCGCCCCCAGCCGUCCCCUUUGCGCACGAGGGCCUAGGUGUCCCCGCGGGAGGCUUCCCCGCCAGCCGCCACGGCUCGCCCAGCCGCUCCGCCCGGGUGCCCCCCUUCAAUUACGUACCCAGCCCCAUGGCUGCUGCGACCACGCCCGACUCGGCGGUGGAGAAGGCCCCCGCCACUGCCCCGGCUGGCCUCCUGGAAUAGCCCUAGGCUGGCCUUCUGGAGCAUUCUCUCCCGGCCCUGCGGCCUGGUCCCGCGGCUGUGGGCCCGCUCUGCAGAUGCUCCCCGGCGGCCCCGCCCUUGGAGCCCCGCUUCCCUCACUCUGGUUCUCACAGCUUCCGCCUAUAUGCUCGCUUCUGCCGCGGGGGCUGCAGGAGGAACGGGGCCUGCGAUCUCCGGUCGGCCCGGGGGCACAGACGGAGGAGACCACCGCCCAGCUCAGGCUGGGAGAUGGGGCGGCAGGGGACCACUGGGACCUUGAGCUAGUCCCUUCCGCUCUCAGGACGUGGGGGCCCUUCUGAAGGGCUGUUGGAUCCCCGGGACUGCCCACCGCAGGGGAGAGGACCGCAUCGGCGACGGGACAGUGCUGGGGAGCCUGCCAGCUGGGUGUCGUGCACCCAGAGCCUGUAAUUACUGCGUGUGUAAUUACGCCGCCGGGUAAUUUGUUAAUGAGGGCUUUGUGGGUUUGUUUGCUUGUGUUCUUAGCUCUGGCGCGGGAUGCGGGGUGCAGCAGAGCCCCACAGAAGGACAACCCCCAGACAGGGAAGUCAGGGGGCUGGAGCGCCCUGGAAGGUGCUGGUGGGCUUGGGGGACAAGAGAGGAGGGGCUCCCACACACCCUGGCCCUGUGCACCCCUGGAAAGGGAGAGAGAGGCGGGUGUGGAGACCCCAGAGGGCUUGGGUGUGGAGAAUGAUAAAGACCAGGUUGACACGCCGAGCCAGCUGGGGUGACCCCAAGGCCAACAGGAUGGGGAUUGUCCUCUGCGAUGGGCAGUGGGCUGGGACAGCCCUGUAGGGCCCCUCUGGGACCCUCUGCUCGGCAGGAUGGGCUCCCAUUUAGGGAGCAGGGGUGCCUCUGAUCCCCUUGUUUUUCUUCUCCGCUCGGUCUUCAUUUAUGGAUUUGUGAAGUCCUGGAGGCUGUGGAACCCCUAGUGGCGGCCUCUCCUCAGGAAAGCGCAGUGUGGUGCUGAGUCCCAUCCAUGACCGGGGCAACCAGACUGAACGCAGGGCUCUUGGGCACAGUGGGUGUGUGCAGGGUCUCUGCCCGAGGACACAGCUCUGGGGCCUCACAGGAGCCUCUUCCUGCAGAAGGAUCUGGCGACCUCUUUUCUGCAGGAUUCUAGAAAGUUCCAGAAGGGACUGCUCUUUGCAAAAACUGGGUCUGCUGUCACAGCCACCUUGCAGAGAGCGCGUUCUCGCCCUUUUUCUGGAAGGAGGGACCAUGGUUUUGAGAGUUAGCUUAUUAGGCGCUGCUUCAGGGGAGGUUGCUCAGGAGGACCCUGCUCCUGGACCACAGCACCCUGUCAGCCCUCCGACCCCAGCACAAGCAGGGCCAAGGCCAGGGACCCAGUGGGAAGAGAGUGGAUCCGGGAUGGCCUCUUCCAUUGAGACACAGGGCCUGGCUGUGACACUUGGGUGGGAGGAGGCACAGAUCCAGAGCUGAGGGGUCACCAGCAGAAUGUUCUCCACCCUGACAGCGGCAUGAUCCCAGAUCCUACCCUGGAUGCUGUGGGCUCCAUGACAGGUGUCAUCCUCAGGGCUAAGCCACAGGGGACUGCAGGCUGGAUGGCCACGACUAGGAAUGGCCACCAAGGGGGAUGAUGUCUGGACACCAAGCCAGCUAGCGGCUCUUGGCUGUACGAAACACUCCUUCCCUGCGUGGCCAUGGCCGCCUUAGCUUCCAGGGGGUUUGGGGAGAUUGAGUCAGGGUGUGUGUGAAUGAAGGGCACAGCCAAGCAGGGUGGGGUCCCCAGGGUGAUGUCCAGGGUUCCUGAGGUUGGGCAGGGCCUAACAAAGAAUGAUAUCUGUCUCCUGAGGACAGGAUGGGCCUCAGACACCCCUGGGCCUCAGUGUCCCCUGCAGGGGGUCUUUGUGGUGUUGGGGUUCAUGGACUGCUGGUUGUUGUCCCCCCACCCCCGGAGGCAGGGAAGGGCCUGAGGCCCUUGCACUCAGUUGGAGGAUCAGGAGGGGACCACGGGGAGGAGAGCGGGCCACUCACUGUGAGACCCAUGACGCUCUGCCGCACGGUGCCUCGGUCUCCCCACGUGGGCCGUGGGGGCACUCCCAGCACUACCUCUUGGGCGAGCAGAGCAGGGACAGGCACCUGGAGCCCAAGGCCCAACGGUGCUGCUCACGGCUGCUGGCCACUUCCACACACUCCCUGUCCUCGCUGCCUGUGCCGGGGGUGCAUCCCUCCCGCCAGCCGCGCGCUGUCCCAUGCCAUGCCCGGUGGUCACCCUUGCCUUCUCUGUGUCCCAGCAGUGGGCACAGCCAUACCUCAGUCCAGCCCACACGGGGUAGGGGAACUUCUGCGGGAGAUGGGGGGUCGUGGUCUGCGGACAAUCAACCCCAAGGUGGGGACUGAGGAACCAAAGUCCUAGAAACAAAACGAUGGUCUCCCAUCAAACCUUGGUACCACCAUGGGGCACCAAAUAUCCCCUGCAGGUCCUGGCUGAAGGGGUACCAGCCAGGGGAGCUUAGAACCUGAGGUUUCUGGGCCAGGAGGUGGGGCCUGGUGUCCCUAGCACCCCAAGCCAGUUACCUCGUCUCGAAGGCCAACAGACAGGGCCCCCAUAAUCCACCACCAGCUAGACGCCUCCCUGUGACCCACACCAGUUGGGUGCUGAAUUUACGGCAACGCGCCCCCACACAGCCCAUCUGAAUGGACACAUACCUCACCCCACCCACCGCCCUGGCGUGGCAGCCCCAGCACUCCCACCUACUCCUGGUUUGUCUCUGGUUUGCUUCCCCAACCUGCCACCACCACACCGGGUGCCCACGCAGUAUUAAACAUGUAAAUAGCACCGCAGCCCUCUGCCCCUACGUGUCCAGCCCCGUGUCUGGCUGAAGGACCAGGCAGCGUGGACACAGACUCCUAUGCACCUUUAAUAAACACGCUGUUGAAUCGACCGCCAGUCCUGACUUCUCAGACCUGUUUGUUCACACGACCGGCAGAGGGCGGGGUUGGGUGAAUUCCACUGCACCUACCAUCCUGUUCACCGGCCAGGUGUGAACGCUUCACUGAGACCUAGGUACCUAGAA